AUAUAUGUCUCCUAGGUGGUGUUCAUAAGACUGACAUGACACCUUUAUAAUCAUGACACGUGUCAUGAACAUGACGGAGAUGAUUUUACUUUUAUGACAGCUGUCAAUAAGUGUCAUGUGAACAAUUGUGUCAUUUUUAAUGCAUAGAUUACAUUGUAUGAAAUGUCUUUGUUAUGACAACUUGACAUAAACCAAUACAUCAUAACUUGUCAUGACAACUUGACAUUACCAAGAAAACAGAACUGACAACUUUUUACGAUACAAAUUGAAUUUCUCAUUAAAAUGUCAUUAAGUGUUAAUACUUUGUCAAUAUCAUUUGGUAUUGAUUUUUUACUUAUGUAAAAUCAAUGUAUGUUUAUAUUUUGUGAAUUAAUCAUGAUGUGGACUUAUUUGGAAGUUGAACGCAUCUGGGCUUAAAUGGUCCAAAUAAGCCCAUGGCAGACGUUUGACUUUAUUCAUAAAAUAUCUUAAUUUUAUAAUAGCCUACACAAGAGAUAAAUCUUGAAUUUAAACCAUUUUUAAAGUUAAAGUAAUGUCUAUGAAAUUUGCCUAAACUUACCCUACUUAAAAUAAAAACAUCUAAAUAUUGAAAAACAUUUUUUUAUCACCAAGCAAUAUAGUAAACGUAUUAGCAGCGUAUAGGUGCCAACACAAACGCAUCAGCAGAGGUGUAUAGGUGUACGAGUUAUUUACAACGGCUUUAAACGCGGCUCAACCAGUCAUAAGGUGCGCUACAGCAUAUAACGACAAAUAAGAUACUGUAGCCUACCCCUAAAGAAUGUCUCAUUAAGCAUACAGUAGUAGACACUUUUAUCCAAAGCGACUUAGUGAGUAGCCUAAAGUAAUGAAGCAAUUUAUAAUAGUCCUUCAUCUUCACCUAUAGAAUUUAGAAAAAUCAGGUUUACGCACACAAUCUAAAGCCUACUGGUAUUUUGUACUAUAGAUAAACAGCAUCACGAUAUUUCCUUUGUGAUUUAAGGACAGCUCUGGAAGCAAUGCAGCAGUCUAAAAAUUCACACAUCCACACCUGUCGCUCCCAAUGAUGUCCCAUUUGUUUAGUGUCUGUUUGAGUUAUAGCCUACCGCUUGACCGCAAUGCUUGAUGCUACUCUCAGUCCCAUUUAACGAGGCAUGUUCGUAUACAUGUGGUCAUUGUUUUGGCUAUUAACAUCUUAGGUUUAGCUUCAGCAGGGUGGUGUCCAUCUAAGCACACUGCCAUGUGAGGAAAGAUUUCCUCAGCCAUUCCAUUGUCUCCGGCUGAUCGAGCUCGAGAGAUGUCCGUGGCGAUAAAGGAGGGACGAAAGUCAAACCCAAAAGGGAAUUGUUCCAAAUGGAUAUGGUGUUUGUUUCCCCAUGUUUUUCUCAUCCUUUCACUGAUCGCUUAUGCAGCUUUGGGAGCGGAAAUCUUUAAACAGAUAGAGAAUGGGAGCUCUUUUAAUAAAUCAGAAGAGAUCCGUAAGGUGCUGGAUAAAGUAGAGGAAACAUUGGGGAAUCGCACUGGGGUUUCAACGCAGCAAAUUGUGAAUAAAAUACAACCCAUUUUAAAAGACCUCAAUGAUUUAAAUCAAACUUGGAACUUCUACGGUUCUCUUUUCUUCUGCUGUACAGUGUUCACUACCAUAGGUUAUGGGCAAAUGUACCCAGUUACCAUUGCUGGGAAGGUGGCAUGUAUCUUUUAUGCGAUGAUCGGCAUCCCUCUCAUGUUGUUGGUCAUUUCGGAUGUAGGUGACAUCUUAGCGGUUCUCCUGUCUAAAGCUUACACACAGCUUAGACAGGUCUUCGGGCAACUGGUGCAAAAACGUUCAUGGAGACUUCACAAGGAUAGUAAAACUCCCUCUUCUCACCAAGGACAAAGUGCUGUUGGUAACUACAAGCAGGAUGCAUUGAUACAUGACACAAUAACCAUUCAGCAAAUAAUACAACCGAAGUCGUCCAUAAAACGGCAUUCCUCACAUCGUUAUACCAACAAAGAGGUCUUUGACUGGAUUAUUGUUAAGGAGGACUUCAAGCUUAAGAGUGCUCUCACAAAAUCUUACUCCUGUCCUGAGCUUGACCGUAUGUCACGUCCACCAAAAGGCUCCAAAUUAUUCACAGAUAUUGGACAGAAGAUGGAUCGCUUCAAUGUUCCUCUGCUAGUUAUCCUGCUAGUAGUUUUUGCGUACAUGCUGAUUUGCAGUCAAAUUCUAUCAUGUUGGGAGGAUAACAUGAACCCCUUUGAUGCAUUUUAUUUUACCUUCAUCACUUUGACCACGAUCGGUUUUGGUGACAUUGUGCCUAAGCAUCCAAAAUACUUCCUUGUAACUUUUUUAUUCAUAAUCAUGGGCAUGGCCGUUCUGAGUAUGGCCUUCAAACUAAGCCAGUCGAGAAUUGUUUGCUGUUAUAGGCGUUUCAUAAAAUGUCUUAGCAUGGGGAAGGUAGGAAUGCACAAAGACCUAGAGACAAAGUAAAAGCAAGAGAGGCUUUGAUUUUUGAGGGUUUGCUAAUAGGACAUUAAACACUACAGGGAAAGCAUGUCUACUUUCAGCACAAGCAAGUUAUGUGUUUUAAAGUCUAUGGGGCGGUUUCCCGGACCAGGAUUAGCUUAAUCCAGGACUAGGCCUUAGUUUAAUUAGGAAAUAUAACUGUUUUAACAAACAUGCCUUACUAAAAACAUUACCUGUGUGCAUUUUGAGGUAGAACAAAGGGCACUGAUGUAUUUUAAGAUAUGUCAGUGCAAGUUGUUUUCAGUUUGGAGAGCUCUUAAAAGUGUUUAAGUCUAGGACUAGUCUAAUCCCUGUCCGGGAAACCGCCCCUAUAUCACUGCCAGUUUGAUUCAGUGGGUUGGAAGUGGAUGGCCCAGCUGCUAAGCUCAUGCCAGGCAGAGGUGGACAAGACCUAUAAACUCAGAAUAAAGCAAUUUUUGAGCCAAAUGUAAAGAUGGCAUGUGCCUUUAUACUUGAUGACUUUCACUUCAGGUCUCGUAUAAUAGGGAAAUGCAUAAGACAUUAUGUGUAAUGAUUAUCAGAAAUUAAUAUAAUUUACUAGAUACUACUAUAACAAGCACUAAGUAUUUAGUAAAUGUAUUUAUUCAUUAAAUGUAUUCAUGCAAGAUGAAUGUUUUACAUAGGGUUCUCAUGCAUUGCAUUUGGGGGAAAAUUGUCAUUUUGUAUUUUCAAGCAUUAUGUAUGAAUUCUGACAUUAAUAUGUCUUAUAUUUUUUUUAAUAUUUUUGUUUCCAUUCAAUGUAAACAACGAAUGAAAUGUGAAGUUAAUGUAUUGCUGCAAUCUAUUUACCUUUAUCUAUUGUUGCUGUAAUAUAGAAAGGCAUAUAUGCAUUAUUACAAACAUUAGCUUCUGAAUGAAAGUUUUAGUACCUGCAAUGCACUGUUUGUGAAGUUUAACAUUAUCAAAAUGUUAGGCACUUUGAAACACGAGUGAAUAAAUUCAUUAUUCUGUCCAA